AUGAACAGAACAAAGUACAUAUGGUCUACUGUAAGAUAUUAUAAACCCACGAAACCUGUUAUGGAAAUGACUACUAAAAAACCAUUAGUUUCAUCUACUACAGGAUCGUCAAAUAAGGCUACAACUAUUAAAUCUGGGCCUCUUAAUAAUACUUUCAAAGGUUAUUCUACCACUUUAUCACAAAAACUGAACUCUGUUCCAAAAACAAAUAAUAAAAUAUUGGAGACUACAACUCAAACUGGACCCAAUGAAAACGCUAUUACCGAUGUAAAAGACGCUGUAAAUCAUGGUAAGUUUUUGAAUGAAAUAAAUUGGUAUACAUCUUGGUAUGGAUUGGGGUCACAUCCCUUUGAUAAAAAAAUACAAGAUAUUCUUGCACAAGUGAUUGAACCUAAAGAUAUUGAAAUUAAACCGGAUGGAUUGAUAUAUCUUCCUGAGAUUAAGUAUCGUAGAAUCCUAAACAGGGCAUUUGGUGCUGGUGGAUGGGGUCUUGUACCAAGAUCUGAAACUAUAGUGACGCCAAAUUUGGUAACUAGGGAAUAUGGACUGAUUUGUCAUGGACAGUUAGUCAGUGUGGCUAGAGGUGAACAAGAUUAUUUCAAUGAAACUGCGAUUCCCACUGCCACGGAAGGUUGUAAAAGUAAUGCACUUAUGAGAUGUUGUAAAGAUUUAGGGAUUGGUUCUGAGUUAUGGGAUCCAGUUUUCAUUAAAUCAUUUAAAGAACAAUAUUGUGUAGAAAAAUUUGUUGAACAUAUAACGACAAAAAAGAAAAAGAAAAUUUGGUUAAGAAAAGAUAGAAAAGUAGAAUACCCUUACAAAUAA